AUGUACAGUUCUAGCUGGAGGAAAUUACACAUUGUGGUUACUUCCUCUCAGGCUGCAAGCACGGUCUAAACGUGCUGGGUCUCCCAUCUCAUCAGCCAUCACCGCCCAUCCGACACCUUUCACCCCACUGAAACAGAAACGCUCUACAGCUAUCUGGGUACUCGGACCACCUGACCCGGGGCAUUAUGACUUCCUGCAAGCAGUCUCCCAUCAGUAAGAAUGUGUCCCGUCUGCUGAUCCUGGCUCUUUCCCUGACAGUAGCACCAGGCUCUCUCACCACCACCAGCCCUUCUGCCAGCAGCCAACCAGCCUCACCAAGCCCCUCCAGCCUUUCUGCCACCAGAGAGCCAGAUUCCGUCACUAUACCGCAGAGUGUUGCCCUGAGUACACCAUCAUCAUCAUCAGACACAGAAAACACAACCCCUUCCACGUCACCGGAUGGUUCCACAAGACCGAAUGUUUAUACCACAACAGAAUCUCCUCAUACUUCAACAACACUGGGUUCCAAUAAAAGUGUGACCACAAGUUCUGUUGACCACAAAAGCACCAAAGACAAAGUUGUAGGUGACCAACCCGAUCCGAGGUUCCGCAAUGAUGAAUAUGAACUGAGGAAACAUGGCCUGAUCAGUGCGCUGAUACUGUGCGUCAUCGGGAUCCUGGUGCUGACCAGUGGGAAAUGCCGCGGACUCUCCUGCAGACGGCGGCGAGGACGGACGUAUAACGUGAUGGGUUAUAAACCACAGAGCCAGAUUACAGACAGCUGAAGAUGUUCCACUUCCUGUGUAAGAAUAACCAGACCUAAUUUGCAGCAAUUAUGUAAUAAAUCAUCAUUUUUAUCUGGAGAA